GGAUCGAAUUAGGUUGUAUUGACUCACUCCUACUGUCUCUCUAGAAAAUGGCCAAGUGUAACCACUUCCGAAAGCGUAGUAUAGCGGGUUUGGGUUUUAAUGUCAACCCGGGUCCUAGAUGUGAUGACUACUCAGCGAAUUCUUAUUAUUUAGCUGUGAAACUUUCGUGCAGGUUCAAACAAGCAAACAAACAAAGCAAGCAAGAAAGUUGUUUUCAAGUCUAGAGAGGUCACCCGGAUAUGGUUCCCCCUAGACUGCAGUUAAGCCGGAUUGUAAUUUACCAAGUUCAAUUUUAAUGAUAGUUAUACUGCGGGAGGUUCUUAAACACUCUGAAGUCUCCACCGGAGUAAACAGAUUGAGGCCCUAAUGAACAAAACGUCCACUACCGAAGUAACUUCGGUACAGAAUAGUGAAUUGGCUCCUCGACUAAAGUCGCCAAUUCACCACCUUCAAUCAAGGGUGCCCUAUCAACCUAGGUAGAUAUUCUCUUUCUAGGUCAAAGCAGAAAUAACAGGAAUUUGAUCAGGAUUCAUGGCAUUCAAUAAUUCAAACCUCAAUUGAAUAUAAUCAAAUCAUAGAAUCUGUACUUGGGUUCAUACAAUCAGACCUAACAUACAAAUCUAGGGUUCUCCAUACCCAGAUGAAUGAAGAAAUUACUCCAUGGAGAGAGAAGCAAAAGCAAGCUCAGAUGCAGAAAUCAUGCUGUGAAGGAUGGGUUUCUGCUCCUGGUCGUCAAUCGGCACUUCUCCAAUUGUGAGCCGAGCUCCAAUGGUGAUGAAGAUCAAGCUAGGGCACUUGGGAACUCUGGUUCGUCGCUUUCUCUCUCUAGGAAUCGCUCUGUCUCUCUAAAACUCGGAACCCUUUCUCCUUUGGCUCAAAUCUGCCUAAAAAGGGUGACCCUGGGCAAGACACGGUUGAGGGCACGGCCGUGGUUUGCUUUUGCCCGCCCGUGCCCUUGCCACGUGUUAAAAACAUGCCCACAUCUUGGGGUAAACACGGUCGUGCCAUUAGUUGGACACGGCCGUGUUUUCUAUCACUCACGCCCGUGUUUUGGGCAGGCACAGGAGCAUCUCGGAUCAAGCCUUGGCAGUAAAAACACGGUCCAGGAACACGGCCGUGUUUUGGUUUAGUCCAGCCCGUGCUUUGGUCCUAGCUCGACCGAAUGACUUCCGAAUGCCCCGAAACUCGUGCUUAGCCUCUCCUUCGACGUCUGGGACCUGAAAUAUGACAAAGUAGCACAACCCGGCAUAAAAUAGGCCAAAAAUGCACGACUACGCCCCGCAAACGGAUAUGAACUAGGGGUGCAAACAUGUGCAAUUACAUCGUUAUCAAAUUCCCCCACACUUAACCGUUUGCUUGUCCCCAAGCAAACCAAGUCAGACACAAGGUAAGCUCAGAACAUUUUAAUCAAGCAGGCUUUAGGGCAUGUCAUAUCGGCACAAAACACGUGAAUCAUACUGGCUUUUGAUCAUUAACAAAUGGACAACCUCAACGACAACCUAGAAAACCACCACAGAUGACAUUCGAAUGCAGCAAAGUCGAGCAAAGGAAGAGUCGCCCUUCUGUUCACCAAUCAAGAUAGACUUGACUCAACCACUUAUUCAAGACAGUCACUUCAUGCAUAAAGCUCAAGAUAUCAU